AUGGCGUUGGUGGCGGCGAAGCAGAAGCAGAAGCAGCAGAACGCGUCGAUCGGGAGGCGGGCGUGGCGGCUGCUGCGCCUGGCGGUGCUCUGGGCGCGGAGGGGCAGCGCGGUGCACAGCCUCCGCCUGCUCAGCAGCCUGCGCCGCGCCGGCGUGGGCCUCGGCGUCCGCAGCGGCGGCGGCCGCGGCGACCGGCUGCGGUACGGGGAGAGGGAGUACUCGAUCGAGGAGACACCGGCGUUCCGGUUCCGUACGCCCUCCGCGCGAGUGCUCCGCCUCAUCCCCUGCAUCGCCCCCGCCGUCGCGGACACGCCCGGGUUCUACGGCGACGAGGACCGCUACUUCUUCUGCCGCCGCGACACGGAGCCCGGGUGCAGCGGCACCGGGUACUACUACAAUGGCGAGCCGAGCGAGUGCGGCGGCGAGGAGGACGAGAUCUUUCGCGUCGGCGCGGCGGAGGAGCAGCUGCUCGAGCUAUCCAUGCUGGAGGCGACAGCCGCCGCCGCGACGGAGGGUGCUGGUGGUGAGGACACCGGCGUGGACGCUAAGGCGGAGCAGUUCAUCGCCAAAUUCCACGCGCAGAUGAAGCUGCAGAGGCAAAUCUCUUGGCUGCAGUACAACGAGAUGAUGGAGAGGAGCCUCCGCUAG